CGGGAAAGAAAAUAAAUUAUCCUUUCAGAAAAUCCAUCAUCUUUUUUUUGCGGAUCAUCUUCCGCAAAUCUUUCGCAAAAUAAUGAUGAAUACGAUAUAAGAAGAUAAUUAGUUUUAUAAUACAAUAGCAGCCAGAUUCUCGUUGUAUUCUUGGGAAUAAGAAGAACAUUAAAGGCGGAUUUAUCAAUUUUUCAGAAUUAUGUCAAUUUACACAAUUACGUGCAAAGAUUGUUCAACAAAUUCGAAAGUACGGACUCUCGACUCCCGCCGCUAAUAAUUUGUUACAUCCUGUCGAGUAUUGUGCAGAAGAAUAAUCAUGAAGUAUUAAGUCUCUUUUAUUUCUUUUUUGUUUUGAUUGAGCAACAAAGUAAAAUAUAAUAUGUGUACAUUUUUUUGUGAGGAUAUUUUUCACAUAUUCCUUUAAUCGUUAAAUCGUCUUCUAUAGACUUUCGUGUACUAUAGCGCAGAUAACGAUAUCCGAGCGUACUCGUGCGAGUGAGGAAAAUGGUUAAGGGGUUGAAGAAAUCGAAACCGCGCCUCUAAAAUAGCCGAGGAACAGGAAAGGCGCGGAAAAGGCGGACCUUUCCUCGGCUGGUGUUCCGUGGGCGACGGGGAAGCGUUACGAUGGCGCAAAAUCGUUCGCGUUGCACAGCCGCAGACGACUGGCGGAAAAUCGAAGCGGCGACGAGCACCGGUGGCGCGGUGCACGGCGCCGCGCCAGUGCAGUGUCGCCGGGACAACCCUAGAGGAGGAUUCCGCGGGCUCUUCGUCCUGAAAUAGUGCGCGUACCGGCCGGUAUGCAUUAUUCGUGCGUGCCCGCCGACGGCGAGGGGAGUCGUUCCGACUGUCGUCUAGCCGUGACAAGUCGCGAAGACAAGCGGCGUUCCUGAAGCCGGCGGAUCUGUCGGAGAAUUCCGUUUCCGGCCCCGACUGAAUCUCGCGUUGACCGAAAAUACGCGAAACGUGGUCCUGGAGGGCGUGGCGACCCCCGUCAUCCCCUCCCCCCGCAUCUGCAUUCUCUUUGAUUUUUGGAAAAAAUUCUCGAUGGGAAAUUCCCAAUGAGCGCGAGAAUUUCGUUCCGACGAUUUAUCUCCAAGUAGAGGAUCGUUCGAGGGGAUUUCGUGAGCCUGAAACCCGAAGAUUUUUGCGAGGGAAAGACUCGUUUCUAUGUGACUAUGUAAUUAUGUAAUUGCCUUCGGUCCGGCUUCUCUACGAUACUUUCCGCUUCACUUUUUGAAUAUUAGAGUGAAGAAAUAUUCUUUUGCGUGAUAAGAAAGAAAUAAUGUAAAGAAGUAAGCAAACUGAUAACAAAAUUUUACACAUGUGUUUUUUCCGCUGACAAGAUUCAAAACUUUCCUAGAUAAAUUACAGAGAAGAUUCUUAAUUAGUAUGCUAAUUUGAAAUGUAAAGAUAUCUACAAUUUUCACCAAUUAAUUGACGAAGGAAAUCAACUUUCAACAAUCUAAAUCUCAGAAGAGAAAACACACGAAUUAUUUCUCAGACAAAAAAAUAUUGCAAGAUUUUUAUUAAACUUCAAUUUGAAAUUUAAUCGCACAAAAAUGACGAUUAAAAAUUAGGAACGAUUAAAAUAAUUUCCGUUAAGAAAAGAUUGACUCUGCGAGUCGAUUUAUUUACAACCCUCUAUGAAUAGAUUUACAGGAUAUAAUUUUAUUAACAAUCUGUCGUAUAAGAAUAUCUUUGGCACGAAAAUAUUUCCUCGCCAUGUAAUUACAGUCUUAAUGAAAAGUAUCAGGAACCUAUAUUUUUUAUUUAUAUGGAAUGUUUUACUUACGUAUUAUUUUCUAUUGGUUAUCGGCAUUCUACGUAAAAUAAAUUCUUAAAAGAUAAUUAUAAAAAUAAUAAUUAUUAUCUGAUAAUUAUUUAUAAUAAAGAAAUAUAUUUCUAGAUAAAUGAAAAAAAAUGUAAUACUUUUGCCCAAGUCUAUACUACCCGGAAAAGAUUAACUGCAGUAAUAAAAAUCAAUAUGUGCAUGGUAAUAAUUACAGUUUCUUUUUUCCGUGUACUUACACUCAUUGAUAUUUAUUUUUUGUGCCUUUCCUAUCUUUUAUACUGCAAUAUGUUAACCAUAAAACGUAUCGUCGUCAUUUUUUUUCCUCACGGAUUUUCUGUAACGUACGAAACGUGCAAAUAUAUAAAAUAAACGAUAAGAAACUUGUUUAACAAACAUUAUAAAUGCGAGCAACAUUAUACGAUGUGCAAGGUAUGUUUGCGCGGCAAAACAGAUUUCAAGGAAAAAUUAUUUUCAACGUCAAGGACGAUUUUUCGCAAUGUACGAUCUGGUAUGUCGCGAAUGCAUAAUGUUGAGGGUCAGGUAUGUUUGCAGGAUGCAAAUGUUACGAGCACGAUUUUACUUAUCGGUGUCCUCAGGCGCCGGCUAUACUGCAGGUAUUUCGAAUAUUAAUCUCUCGGAUUUGAGGUAACAGAUGAUGGAUACUUGAAUACGGAGGAUAAACGUCAAGCACUUCCGUUUGCACGAUCAAUGAAGCGUAUCAUCUAGAUUACCCUAAAUAUUAAUACGCUCGCGCGAUAGCUAGACGUUUUAACGCAUGGUUCGUUUGAAACGUAAGCCAUGACGGAAUCUGGAACGUGAAUGCGAUAUGUCGUAUGUUAUGCAGACACGUUGGGACGGCACUCGGCAUUACGUUUCAAAAAUAUUCCUAUCGUUAGAAUAAUUCGCAGACGAAAUCGCUUCCUCUUGCUCUUCAUCUCUUCCCCUGCACAUACCAAUCAAAUUUAAACAUGUUAUAUCUUUCAAUUAUUACUAUCACGAAUAUUUUUACAAAGGAUAAAAAAAUAUUAAUAUAUUAAUAGGGUGAAAUAGUAAUUAAGAGAAAAGAUGAACUGAAAGAGAGAGAAAAUUUUUGGUAAAUCCGAUAAUAUAAUUAAUAAAAAAUAAUGAUAAUCAUUUAGACGAGACGGCAUGAAUCGUAAAAUAUGUUCGCCUGCAAAUGCGCCUGCCUUCCUGAGACACCAAUUCCUGAGAGCCCUCAAUAUCACGCAUCGCCGGCAAAAAUUAGCACCCCAUUUAGUGAUCGCACUAUAAUUGCUCUCGGUGAGCGUUCGCGCUCCUGCUCGAAUUGGAGAAAAGUUUAUUGCUUAGUCCUAGAAAAUCGCCGUAGGAAGGUCGACUAGCAAAUAGUUAGUAGUGCGCCGCAGGUUUAUGGCGACCACUGCUAUUUGCUUUCCGACUUUCAUAAUGCAGUAAACGUCAAAGUGAGAAUACAUUUGAUACUCUAUGUUUGUAGACAAUGAUUCGCGAAUCUAGUUUACGAGCCAUAUACUCCACAAUAAAAUCAAACGUAUAAGUAUUAAACCGCCGAACGAAGUAUAUCUUUACUUUACUCCAAUCUUCUAUUUUUUACUUAUCUAAAAGCGAUUGUUACAUAUCUGCGAUAUAUAAAAAUAAAGGCUUAUAUAAUUUAAAGAAAAUUGAAGCUUUUCGAAUUUCAGUUUUUUACGCGUUUCUUUGCGCUAUAGACAGCUUAUUAUUAUUUUAUUUGAAUUAAAACUAAAUAGAGAAGCAACAAAUCGUCCGCCUGGAUCAAAAUAAAAUCUAAUAAAAUUAUUCUUGAAAUAAAAUGUAAUAUUUCGCUUAUCAUCUAGAUUAAAAUUAUUUAUAUUAUCAUUAAAUUAUUUUAAUGUUUCUCGCAUUUACUUUCAUGAAUCAUUGUUCAUGAUUAAUGUCUACAAAAAUUAAUCUACGAUGUUAAUUCAGUUCGCAAGUUGUUGAUGAGUUGAAGAUGAAGAAAUGAGACAUCGAGACGAAUCUUCAUUCGUAGACGAAGACAUCAGUCACCAAUAGCUCGGUAACCUCCUUGGUAGCCCGUUUUCUAUUCUAAUUCUCGAUGCUAUUCUGGUACCGUUGGAGGCAGCCAAUAGGCAACGCAUCCUCCCGGCUACCGUACGCGCAAAUACAUCUCUCUGCGGGCUCUUCUCGUCUCCUCCGGCGUGUUCAUCAUCACCCCCUUCCCCGUAUCGGUCGCAGUCGCUCUCGAGGCAUCGUAUGCGAUGCAUUAAUUUUUGUACUCGCAUCUUACUCGUUAUCGACAUCUCUUCGUCCUUCAGUGGCCACGGUGAACGCCUCUGAACUGAUCUUACCUGGCCUACAUCAGGCGCCGGGUCGAAUCGUUCGGUCGGAACGUCCUCGAGGGGCGGUCUCGCUCGUCGAUCAGUCACAACAAUCCUGAAGGGAAGGUAGCAUCAGGUGGAGGAAGGGUGCGAUGCAGUGGCGUCGGCAGAAGAAAGUCACCCACGUGAUCGGCUCCUCGAAUCAUGUGCUGCUCUUAGCGAGGUACCAAGAUGCUCCGCCCGGUGAAGAGGAUGAAGAGGAUGGUUUGCGAAAGGAAAACUACGUGAAGAGUCAGGAAAAAGAGACGAAUGCGCACACACAUUUCGAUCGGAAUGGACAACAGGGCGGCUAUAAGCCACGCAGGGCUGGUACCAGCAUCAGCGGCGGAAGUACGAGCGGCUAUGCCAGCAGCGGCUCGAGAUCGCACAGAGAUGAGAGCGCCGGCUCGCCGUCGCAGCCCAAGAUUAUCUUCAAUGAGGAGGAGUAUACGAGGAUCACAACACCGCGGCAGGACGUCCUCUUCAAGAAGGGCUACUUGUCGCGCAAAAAGCCCUGGACUGGAAACGCAAGCACCAGCGCUACGCCAUCAACCACGGAAAGUCAGUCAGCAUCACAUUCCACCGCAGAUGGCAGCGAAACCACAGAGGACCAGCAGCUAUUAGAUAGAGACAGUGGAACGGGAGAAUAUCCACCCGCGGUAGAGCCAGGAGCGCAACUAGGAUACGGAACGUUUUACGAUCAUGCGAGCGGCUAUUACUACGAAUAUCCUGUAAUGUUGGUCGGACCUGCACCAGUACCUGCUCAAGUUGGACCAAGCGUUCUAGCGACUGUACCCUGCGGUCCAGUCCCUUUAAGACCGAUCGAAUGGAUUAAUCCUGCCUUCGUGCCUAAACUUGCCAAUCAGCCAUAUUGUUUAAUGGACUAUCAGACUAAUCAAAGUACAGAACCGGUCCCGAUAUUGGAGGAGCAGAACGGCACGAUAGUCGCAGCGGAAACUUCCAACAACGUGUGGCAUGAGAACGGUACUGGUAGUGCUAGCUGCAGCGGUAGCGUAGCCGAGGAGAUCGAGGAGCAAGCCGAAGAGGUGGACCACGCGAACAUGGAACAACAUGUCGUGAAGGAACAGCUCACAGAAGAACAACUACCGGAACCGUUGCAUCUCGAUGGGCAGCAACAUUUGGAGAACGGCAUAACGACCGUUGAUCCCUACUUGGAUUCACUAAUGAUGCAAGAGCCAGUACACAUGUCACAUAUGAUGCCAGCCGUGCCGCAGCCGUACGUGUAUCCUGGCCACUACAUGUUCGGACCUCCCUUGGUCAACGUUAAUGGUGUUACCAUCCAGGGCGGGCCAUUGGUGAGAACUAUGGACGUAACAACUAUGAUGGCAUGCGCCAAGCGAAGAAAGAAGAGAAAGAAAAGAAAACAGAGAAGACCUAUUUUGGGUAACACCGAAGAUGAGGAAGAAGGGGAAUAUAGUUCUGAAUGUGAUAAUGAUGUAUCGUCUUCCCGACUAUCUUGGUCAGAAAAUCCGAUCUCGACUACAGCGAUGACGGUCACAAAUCGGCCGCUCAAUCCCGAGUGCCAGGAAUUUCAAUUGCGGCCGGCCCUGCAAUCGCGAAUCCCCAAUGAGUGUGCUUCAGUCACUACUAUGACCGAAGAAGUUGCGUCGUCCGUCACUGAUGCACCGGAUGUAUCAUUCUACAUUGAGACGGAAUCCGCCAAUUGCGAGACCGAGACGUGUGAUUCGUCAACUGCUCAAAGUUUAAAGAACCAGGAAGAGACGACAAUCCACAGCUCAGACCAAGUCGUUACGGAAACAUCUUUGGAGAACGUUCAGUCGACGGCAGUUGGACGCGUGCCGAGAAACAAGAACGCAGAAAUUAAUAGUCAAGCGAAUCAUUCAGUCGCAAAUAUGGAAGCGAUAAUAACGAAUGAGAUAACGGAGAUGAGCAACAGUGUUCCGACUGAUUGCCAAGCGUUCUCCAGGACUGAUACUUUGGAGAACGACAGCGAUUCAAUCAGUGCCAAUACGAAACAUGAGCUAUUCAAAAACAAUAGCAACGACGUUAAUGCAGUCGAUAUAUCUAGUAAUUGCGUCAACUGCCCUGAAGAAAGUUUAACUAAUGGUGAUACGAAUCAUGAAUAUCUUGCCGACUUGACGGAGAGAGCGGCAAAGUCGAGAUCGACGAGUCCUCAAGAUAAUUCCUGUUUAACAACGACGAACAUCAACGAAAAAGAAGAAAUUCAACGAUUACAAUACUGCAACAAUUCGUCGUUUGCACGAGCGACACUUGGAUUAUCCAAGAAGUACAACAAGAAAGGCCCGAAAUUCGUGAGGGAGUCUACGCCUGGACCGGAUUUGGAUGACUCCGCGCAAUUGGAUAUGGAGAACGGGAUGAUCGUACAACAGUUCGAGGCUGUUGAGCUGUUGGACACGAAUUGCAAAUGCAGUAUUGUGAACGAUAAUAAGAUGGAUGAGACGGGACGAAAAAUAGCGAGUGAGAAAGACACGUCGGAACGUAAUGAAGAUACGACAAAAGCGGCAAGUGGGGAUACGAUCGAGGGCUCGAACGAGGAUUCCGGAUUCGAGAGUCAGACCUGGUUGUCAAAUAAAUAUCCCAUUACUGCCGCGGUAAAGGAAUGGCUUCGCCGAGCGAACUCGCCCGAUCUUUUUAUUACGUCGGGAUCGACCUCGGAGAGCGAGAUGGACGAAGAUGAGGAAAUGGAUGAAGAGCCGCCAAAAAACUUGCAAGGCAACCCCAUGCCUGCACUAUCUGCUAAUAGCAGCGCCGACAACAUCAUGUUGUCGCGCACGGCUAGCUGCGGCGAAUUCGCAAAGACCAACAACAACGGAAGAAAUGAUCAGAUGAAAGCUGAUUCGACGACAUCAAUCGGCAGAAGAAAGAGGGACGCGAAAGUCGUAAAGAGGAAAACGAAAGCCAAGAGAAACGACAAAUGGAACAGGAAUGUCGAUGAGAAGGCGCAGAGCCAGCUGGUUUCCUCGUUGGUUUCGUUGGACUUCGUCACUGCCGUGGAAUCGCGAGACAAGUCGAAGAAUAAUGUUGGUGACGUUUGCGAAUUUACUCAGGAGGAUAGCGUUGCGGGUAUGAGGGUUGCUUUAAGUUCUCGGAUAAACUCGAAGAGAGUUAACGCAAGACGUAUGAAGACAUUGAGAAAAAUUAGUCAAAAAAAUCCCGUUGAGAACAUCGACAUCAAGAUGCGACGGAUAGAUAAUUUAAAUGACGAGGAGGAGGGCAAGGGAACGAGCGAGGGCAGUACAGUGAGCGUACGGACGUUCGAGAAGGGUGAGAUUAUCGUCUCGGAAGACGGCAGAUUGUUACCCAUGUCCUCUUACGAACCUGUUCCGUUUAACGAUCAUUGUAAUCCGAUCGCCGCCAAAACCGCUGCUCACGAUGACGUGAUUAAUAAAAACGUGGAGAUACGCGAGAGGAGCAGGAGAAACAGCAGCGAGAAUGACGAGAAUGACAGCGCGAUGAUAGCAUCCUCGGUCAGCAUAGAGGAGCCCGAUGUGUUGGAGUGCUGGGAAGCAGAAACCGUGGAGCCUGUGAUAACACCGAGAAGGAUGCUGCAGAGUCCGGGGGUCCUGUGCGAAGGCGAGGCAGCGGAGGACGACAGCGUCGAGAUCGAGAAAGUCACCAUGGAGCACGUGCGGAGGUAUUACAGACUGGGAGCACGGGACGUCGUAAAUACGGAAGAGGAAUCGAGUGAGUUGAGCACGUCGGUGAUCUCAUCGAAAUCGAGAACAGUGCCAAAUGAUCCGGAGGACAGAGCAAUUGGGUAUUUCUACGGCGAGGAGAUCCCGGUCUUCAUGCCAGAUCCCAAAAAUCCGGGUGUCGCCCUAACCGGAAAUGAAAAGAUACCCAUCGAUGAGGCGUUCGAGGUGUACGAGAGCUGUUACGAUGGAAAAUCACUGUUCCUACCGUUCAACUCGAAAAUGUUCAAGCAACGGCCGUUGUACAGUCAGAACGGCGAGGGUCCGAUACCGUGUAGAGCGGUGUGUUGCAAUAUACAAUAAUAUCGAGAAAGAAUUAUCCUACCGCAAACUCCUCUCAAAUGAAAAAAUAUAUUAUUAUAACACAGCUUAUAUUAUAAUAAUAUAUUAUUAUGUCAAGACCGUUCUUUUCGAGGCGAGUCAGGACACUGCGUUUUCUCUGGGUACAUCACGUAUAUAUAAAUACGUGUAAUAUAAUGCACCAUCCUUCCCCUUACAAAACCAAAUGUUCUCCCGUUCUCAUCGAAGGACGGAGAUUUAACAAAUCGAUAUUAUUUUAGAAGUUCAGUGUGACACGCUCAAAAAGGACUAAACGUUAUUUUAGAAGCAUCGCGGAUUGCGCGAUUCACAUUUUUGUAAAUAGUUUUAAGAGUUCGUUCGUGAUCGUACAACUUUCUGUGGAAGAAAAACCUUUCAAAAUUUUAUGUGUGUGGGAGCAUGCAUUGUAGCAGUCACUCUACGAUAGCAUUUUACCAUUAUUGUCAUUGAAACAUUGCCGUAUGUUAUUGUUCGUCAAUCAAAGACACAGAGAUUCGUAACGUUUCGCCGUUGAGCUUUUAUCUGGACUGCGAGCUUAUCAAGAGGUAAUGCUUUUUUUUUUAUGUAUAGCAGAAAAGGUAUAAAUUUUAUUUUGGAUGAGGUGCAAGAGGAUGAAAAGAAGAGAGAGAGAGAGAGAGAAAGGUACAUGUAUAUGAAGAAGCAUGUUGAGGCACAGGAGCUGCCAGACUGUUGUUUUUAUUCUCGCUACGAUAUCUCGUAAUACACUCAGUCGAAAUGACAAGAGCGUUAUUUUUAGAAUCUAUAUAAAAGACACAAGAAUGUUAAAAGACUAGGAGUUAUUGUUGCACGUAAUCACGUUGGAUGGCCUUUGCUUAGGAAAGUUUUGACUGCUCGCAAUUUUUAAUGUUCGGCAUUAAGUCGGAGUGUCCCGCAUGUUCAUUCGUGUGUAAGUCUUUUUCUUUCUCCGAGUCGAGAAAGGGAGGAAUGUACCGAAGAGGGCCGACAGAGAGCAAAUCGUUCAAUAAUACAUGCUUUUAAAUAGUGAUACCUAUAAUAAUCGCGCAUAGCUGUAAUAUCGCGUUCUCGUAGGAGGUACUAGCUGAAAAAAAUGAAAAACGGGCGACGAUAAUUCAGUGAACUGUAGCUUUAGCCUGUUAUUGAAACGUAUAACGAAAGGUAUGUAGAAAAAAAAAAUCUUAAUGAUGGUUAUAUAGCGAUCUAUACUAUAGUGAUCGACGGACACUUAGAGCAGGGAUCACCAAACCGUUCCUAUGAUUUUUCUAAUUCGCAGAAUUUGAAUCUGUAAAAAGAAUCGUUUCUCAUGUUUAAGUUUCGAGGUCGCUGCAAUUUGAAGGAAUACGACACUCUUUAAAUUUCUGUAUCUCUAAAACCUGAACAAUAAACUUUCUUUCAACUUUAGAUUUAGAUUUCAUAGAGUUGUUGCGUAUACAUUCAAAUGAGAAGUGUUUAAUUGUAAGAUGUUAAAUGUUUCAGUUCUAUCUCCACUUUUUAAAUACUUAAAAAUACUGGAAAAUUGUUAACGGUAUUUAGACUUAAAACACUGAAGCAUUUAAAGCUGUUAAAACUUUCAGCUUUAAACGUUUUAAGCCCCCAAUUGUUGCACCAAUAUUGUUUUGGUUUUAAGCAAGACUUCAACAUAUGUCUAUCUUUAUUUUUCUCUCUAAAUAAAUAAAGACAGAUACAUGUUUAAAUCUCACUUGAAGUUAAAAUGAUGUUCGUGCAUUCAGGCCUUAGUAUUUUAAAUUUAAACCUCGCUUAAAACAAAAGUAUUUUUAAGUAUUUAAAAAACGAAGAAGAAAAAUGUUAAUAUCUUAUAAUUAAACACUUUUUUUUUAAAUAUAGUAAUCGAAUAAUGAUGAUGCCGAGGGAUGAUUUCACCUCUAAACGUUCGUCGAGAGAUCAGGGAGAAGCAAAGUAAACUCCUUUUCCCCCCCAUUUUUUUCUUUUUCGAUAGACGCGAUUUCGAUCAGAAUCAGAGCGCACCGCAAAGAUAUAUAUGCGUACGCGCGCUGAUGCAUAUAUGUGAACAAGUUGCACUUGUUACGACAUAGCCCACGCUUUAGUUGAUUUGUAUCCAGGGAUAGAUUGAGAGAAGAGAGUACCUUAGGUUGCAUAAUUACGCGUAGGUAGAUCAAUUUGAUAGAUAAUGAUUCGCGAAGUUAUGUGUUAUCCCAUAUCACGACGCCCGUCGAAUUCAGAGGAAUAUAAAUAUAGUCCUUCAAAGCAUUAGCGAAUUGCAAAACGAUAAUAAAUGCUGCUAAUACAUUUAUAAUAAUGAUAUCGAAAAGCAAAGGAAGAAAACAGUGAACAGGCGAUGAAACAGUACCAGUGAAGGUGAUAACAGGGACGAGAAACUCAAAAGAGAAGUGUUUGAGAUAUUAAAAUGUUUUAUUUGUGUUUCCAUUUUGUCCAAAUGUUACAUUUUUAUCGUUUUUUGUUUUUCAAAUGCUGAAAAAUGUUUAGUUUUAAACGGGGCGUUUCUCAGUGAAAACUGCCUAGUCAAAGUGAUGGCUAUUUGACUGCAAAAUAUCUCAUACUUUGAGUGGAUUCUGAUAUCGAAAUCAUCAAACAGACAAGUCAUUUUGACAUAAUGUCCUUUCAUUGGUUUGAUAGCAUUUUGACAUCACUUUGACUAUGUUCUACAGGAAUAAAUUUAAAAUUAAAAUUAAAUUAUAUAUUAAAUAGAAACAAGGACAAAAUAAAUACAAAAAUAUAUUACAGUUUUUUAUUUACGUGUAAUUUAUACUUUUAUUUGUACUUUAUCGAUUGUACAAUGAUUUCGUGUAUUCUUUACUAUUGGGCGUUUUUCAGCAAGCAACACAGAAGGACACGGUGAAUCACUUCAUCCUUAUUUAACAUUGACAAACAACAAGGAUGAAAUGAUUCAUUAUGUUACUGUGUCUUUCUGUAUCGAUUGCUGAAAAAUAUCCUAUAGCUUAAUAGACAUUGCAAUAGAUAUUGCACGUAUAAAUAUUCAUCAUAAAAGGCUGUUACUACGCUGCUUAACUCCACCAGAUAAAAACUAUAAGACAAAACCUUACAAAAGUAAUGACUUCUCAAUCAAAAUAAAAGACUAAUAAUAUAGGACUGUUACUUUUGACAAUUUCGAAUAUUCAAAAGUUCGAAAGAAUUUGAGGUUUCGAAGCUUCAAACCUUCGAAGUGAAUUUUAAACUUUGAACCUUAAAAUCUUCAAAGUUUCGAAGUUCACUUAAGUUACAUGUGGAACUUUUUCUAAAAACGCUUUUCUUUCAUUUAUACAUUUUUGAUGAUUAAUAUACGCCAGUCUUUAUACAAAUUGUGUAUUAUUCUCAAUUUUUCUAUCUCAAAUCAAUUCAGAAUCGAAAAAUUAAAGUAAAUUAUAGUUGAUAUGGUACGUCGAAUCUUAAAUUUAAUCCUCGAUUUUUACAAGAUCGCCACCCAUAGCUUUUUAGAUUAAAAACAUUUUAAGUAUUUAAACAAUGGAGAAAAAUAAAACAUUUUAAUGUCUUUUAAAAUUAUUUAAUAUUCUUUAAAACACUUCUUUUUUUUAAGCGAAGGGAGAACGCGACACUUAAUGUCACACAGCGAUGAUACGUAGACACCAUUGUUCCUGCAAAGCUCUAGUUUCUUUAAGCAUGAAUACGUAUAAAUCAUUUUCCGAAAUGAUCAGGCAUAGCUCUGUAUGGACGUUCGUUCACACCAAAGUAAUAUUAAAGAAUAAGUACGAAUAUAUAUAUAUCUCGUUACAUUGAAAAAAAAAUGCGCGUUGCAUCAAUUGUGUGCCUUAUUCUGUGGCGGCCGUUUUUGUAACUAUUUCAAAGCACUCUCCUUGAUAAUAGUCAGUAGCGAGGUAUCAAGGUGCGAUUAAGACUUGUUAAAAUUGAUGAGAAAAAGAGAGAAUGAGAGUGAAAGAGAAAGAGUGAACGUGAGAAAGAGAAAAAUGUGCGGGAGAGAUUCGCCCGCGAUCCUUAUCAGUGCAUGCGUACCCGAAACGAGGACUCGUUUAGAUUCCUUUUCACGAAAAUUAUCGACCUCCAUUCGUCGGACGCGUCCGACCCGAUUGUAUGCCGAUUAUUCAUAAAGACAUUAAAGCGUUUGCAUCUUACACACGAGUCAUGUUACUGUACAAUUAUAUUUUAGUUGAAGUUAACAUGUACGGAAUAAGUGUACUUGAAUUUUGUUGUGUUUUUGCUUAUAAAAAUAUGAAUAAAACGUUUCGAUUUUUAAAGUCAAUA